GGGGUUGGGCCCCCGACUCCGCCCCCCCGCAGGAUCUCCCCCAGUCCGUGUGUCAGUGUCACGCACGCCCUGUCGGGGGUGGCGAGGCCCCGAGCACACGGUUCAGUCAAGCACCGCAGUGGGCACCCUGGGGUGCCGCACCCGUCAGAGCCGCCUGCCAGGCGGGAGCCACGGAGCCCAGGUUCCAUGGUGAUGGGCGCGUCGGAACAGCCUGGUGUGAGACCCCCCCCCUGCACUUUCCCUGGGCCUGCUGCCCUGGUGGUUGGGCACGUAGGGGAUGGGGCCCAGCCCAGGGCAGAAGCGAGGACCAGCCUGUCUCUCCCAUAUGCUGGGCAGAUCCCCCUGCCUGUGGGAGUCCCCCUGUUCCAAGCCUCUGUCUACCGGGGGCGAAGACGGGCACCGAAAUACCCUUAGUCUGUGCCCCGUGGCCUGGAGGAGAUGCCAGCUCAGUGGGCAGGGUGUGCCGCAUGCCCCCCUGGCUGCCCCCGUCUGCUUCUCAGUUCAUGCACUUUAAUUCACCACAGUAUUUCCCUAAAUAAACCGCCCCCGUUUUCAGUGGGACACACUCAAAAGACCCCUGCGGGCUGUGCAGGGCUAAGUCAUGAACAUGCUGCGGUGCCCUUCACCUGUCAGAGCCUUUCCCAGGUAAAACAUUCUGCAGAGCUGAACAUCACAGCCAAGAGAUCGCGGCGGGAGAACCCCCAGCCCCAUAUCAGAGCACGGGGGAUGAAUGGGGGGAGCCCAGAGAAGGGCAACAAGAAGGAUGGGGGGACUGGAGGAAUCGAGGAUGAAAUGGGCACAGAGUGGGGGAGGCUAAGUGCUGGCAGAGACAGGAGACGGGUCUGAGAGAGGCUGGGCCGAGGCGCUGCUCGGCAUGAUUCCUCCCCAGAGACGGGCGCUAGCUAGGCUGGGAGACAGGCUCCAGGGCCCCGGCUCGUGCUGCCCUGUCCUGGCAGCCCCAGUGUGCUGCAGCCUGCUCUGUGCCUGAGCCCCGGGCGCGGGGUCCUGGGGCAGCCUCUCCUAGUCAGUGCUGGAGGUGCUGUGGCAUGCCCCAAGGAGGUGAAUCUGUUUGCUCUGGUGUGGGACUGGCUCAGGUUCCCAGCUGACUCUCCAGGCCAGGGCACCCCAGCCUGGCAGGGCCCCACCCCAUUCACCCCACGCCCAAUGCCAGCUGCACCCACUGGCCAGCUCGUCCGGGGGCCUCCGCCCAGGGUCUGGGCAAUGGGAAAUCAAUCCAGCCUUGUCUCCCAGGCUUGCCCGAGAUGAAUUGGACUGAGGGGGGUGGAUAACUUGUGGGGCUCGCCCAGACGGGGGCUGUGAGCAUUUGGGCGAGAGGGAAAUAGCCCCCAGUGCUAGGUUCAGGCCCAGGAGGGAGGCUGCUGUCUCUGCUGGGGUGGGAGAUGGCGGUGUGGGUUUUUAACCCCUCUGGGGUCCCCGGUUCCAGGCGGGGGCUCUCUGGAGGAGCUGGCAGGGUCUGAACUCGCAGCCUGGAGCCAGCCCAGCCGUGCUGCCCUCAGCGCCGUCUCUGGUUUCUUCUGCGUCUGGAGUGGGAAAGGCGAGCUGGGGCCAGUGAACACCUGAGCCGGGAUGGGGGGCGGGGAGCUGCAGGAGUUACCCAGGAGCUGGGCUCACUCCCCUUGCCGGGCUCUGCUUCCCCCACCCGGGGGCUGGGCUGGGCAUGCCAGCGAGCGCUGCCAGCAGGGCGAAGGCAGGCACGUCCCUGGCGCUCCCCGUGAGGGCUCUGAGCCGGGCUCUGCUCCCGCAGGCUGUGUGUGGCAGGGAUGAGGAGCCGCCAGCGGGCGUUCGCAGCGGUGAUGCGGCUCUGUGUGAAGUGCCUGCGCGUGGGCCGGCGGCGCAGGUUCAGGCUGGCCUGGCGGGCGCAGCAGCUGUGGCGCUACGGGCACCUCUGCCUGCGCUCCCUGCUCUACAACUCCUUCACCAACAGCGACGUGCUGCUGGACUCCCUCUUCGAGCCCAUCUACUGGCUGGUGGAUCACGUCACUCGCUGGUUCGGUGUGGCCAAGAGCAAUACCGUGGCCGUCUCCAUCUGCAGGAAAUGCAUCUCCCCCAAGCCUGCCCGCACGCACCACUGCAGCAUCUGCAACAGGUGUGUGCUGAAGAUGGACCAUCACUGCCCGUGGCUGAAUAACUGCGUGGGACACUACAACCAUCGCUACUUCUUCUCCUUCUGCCUCUUCAUGACCAUGGGCUGCAUCUACUGCGGCAUCAGCAGCUGGGACAUGUUCCGCGAGGCCUAUGCUGCCAUUGAGAGAAUGAAAAUGCUUGAGAAGGAGAGGCUGCAGGUGGCGGCCAACCAGACGUACUACCAGACGCCGCCCCCCGCCUUCUCCUUCCGCCAGCGGGCCUUCCACAAGAGCAUAGUCUACCUCUGGGUCCUGUGCAGCUCGGUAGCACUGGCCCUGGGGGCCCUCACGCUGUGGCACGCUGCCCUCAUCACCCGAGGGGAGACCAGCAUCGAGAGACACAUCAACAAGAAGGAGCGGCAGAGGCUGCAGAAGAAAGGCAGAGUGUUCAGGAACCCCUACAGCUACGGCGCCUGGGACAACUGGAAGGUGUUCCUGGGAGUGGAGACGCGCAGACACUGGCUCACCCGUGUCCUGCUGCCAUCUACACACCUGCCCCAUGGAACUGGCCUGAGCUGGGACCGUCCUCCCUGUGUGACAGAGCCGCGCACACCUCUCCUGGCCAUCUAACGGGCGUGGGGGCAGAGGCGCAGGGUGUGGGACCCGCCCCUCAGCACCAGCCCUCAGAGCCUGGACCCACUCCAGCCUGGCACUAGCAGAUCCUCCUCAGGGGUGUCCAGCGUGAGGGAAGCACCAGCCGGCUGCCUGGAGCCUCCCAGCUCCGCUCACCAGACCCCUCCAGCAAGCCCCAGCGUGGCUGCAGGCAGCCCGCUGGCACUGGGGCGCUUUGCCUGGGGGGGGACAUGCUGCAGUCCGGAGACACAGGGACAGGCCGGCAGCAUGUGCAGGGAAGGGAGCGGCUCUCUGCGGGAUAGCAGAGACUCCCCAGCUGGCACGCGGGGCAGGGGGCCCCUCCCCUCCCGCACAGGGGAUUUUAAAUGCCAGAAAUAAAAACGUUUUUUCACUAA